UGGCCGCACUGUGAGAAUGACACAGCCAAGCUCACUUUGCUCUCUGAGUGAGAGAGCGACCACGUUGGAUGUCACCUAUAAUCCAUGACUGCUAUGUGACUGAGAUUAGGAGGGCGUGUGGGAUUUUUCAAUCAAUAACAUCCCAAAGAUACGCAGGUAGCAGAAGUUUCAUCAGCGCAUGGCGGGAGUCCUCGCCCCCCCCUAUGGUGUGAUGGAGGCCGGUGCCGACGGAACGCCGGACAAAGAGAACAUAAGUAACAACUCGUGUGCUUCUCCAACCGAAAAUCCCCAAAAGGUGCCUUCUGGAAAGAUCCUGCGCGCGGGGAAGGUUCUCCGUAACGCCAUCCUCUCCAGAGCGCCUCAUAUGAUCCGAGACAGAAAGUACCAUCUGAAAACAUACAGGCAGUGUUGCGUGGGAACAGAGAUGGUCGACUGGCAGAUGCAGCACAGCUCCUGUGUGCACUCUCGCCUUCAAGCUGUGGCCAUGUGGCAGGUGCUUCUGGAGGAAGGCGUUCUUUGCCACGUGGACCGGGAGCCAAGCUUCCAGGACAAAUACCUUUUCUACCGUUUCCUGGACGAUGAAGAAGAGGAGACCUCUUUACCCGACGAGGAGGAGAGGAGGCGGAGCCAAGAGGAGCUGCAGGAUACUUUGGUACUCCUCUCGCAGAUGGGGCCCGACGCCUACAUGAGGAUGAUUCUGAGGAAACGGCCAUCGGAGAGAACAGAAAACGAUUUAGAGAUCAUUUGGGAGGAACUCCUCCACAUCAAGGCCUUAGCGCACCUUUCCACCACUGUCAAGAGAGAACUGAUGGGCGUGCUCAUAUUUGAGUCCCAUGCCAAAGCAGGAACAGUGCUGUUCAGCCAAGGCGAAGAGGGCACCUCAUGGUACAUCAUCCUAAAGGGCUCGGUCAACGUGGUCAUCUAUGGAAAAGGUGUUGUUUGUACACUUCAUGAGGGAGAUGACUUUGGGAAGCUAGCUCUUGUCAACGAUGCCCCCCGCGCCGCUUCCAUUGUCUUGAGAGAGGACAAUUGUCACUUCCUGAGAGUGGACAAGGAGGACUUCAACAGGAUUUUAAGGGACGUAGAAGCCAACACGGUGCGCCUGAAAGAGCACGGUCAAGACGUCCUGGUGUUAGAGAAGAGUCUCAGUAGCUGUCGAUCCGACAACCACGGAGCCUCAACUUCCCAUUACAAGUACAAGGUCAUGUCAGGGACACCAGAGAAAAUUUUGGAGCACCUGCUUGAGAUGAUGCGAAUGGAUUCUCAGUUUUCAGCAUCAGAUGCUGCCUUAGAUGAUUUUGUGCUCAUGCACUGCGUCUUCAUGCCAAACAUUCAACUUUGUCCAGUGUUGAUGGCUCACUACCAUGCCCAGGCCUCACCGGGCUCCGAACAGGAGAAGCUGGACUAUGCGCUCAACAACAAGCGUCGUGUAAUCCGCCUGGUCACGCAUUGGGCCGCCUUGCAUGGUGAUCAUUUGCAAGAGGAAGACACCUCAGUGGUCUUCCUGGAGGACUUUCUUGCGGCUGUAUCUAAUGACGCUGAAUCACUUCCACCACUCAGUGAGCAACUACCUGAACUGGAAAAAAUUGUCAAGCACAACACUGAUGAUGCCAGAAGCUCACACAGAAAGCACAUCGUCCUACUCGAGCAGUUCAAUAGGGGAGAUGACGAGAUGCAAAAGUGUCAACCUAUUAAGAGCAACGAUGAAAUUCUGUUCAAAGUCUUUUGCUGUGACCACGCUUACAUCACGAUCCGAGCCCUUGUUUCCGCCUCGGUCGGGGAGGUCCUGCAUGCCGUGGCCGACAAGAUGGGCUCAGUGGAGGACCUCCUGUUGGUCCAUCUCAGCUCGGCCGGAGAUAAAGUGGUGUUCGAACACACUGAUGUGUCCGUGUUCUCUACUCUUACCAUCAAUGGGCGUCUCUUUGCCUGCUUCAAGGAUCAACUGGAUUCUUUGACGCCCCUGCCGGAGCAGGAGGGUCCAUCUUCAGGCUCUUUGUCGAGUUUUGAGUGGAUGAGCACCAAGGAUGUUGCUUACCAUUUGACGCGAUAUGACUGGGAGCUGUUCAACUGUGUUCAUGAGCUUGAACUAAUCUACCACAUCUUCGGGAGGCAAAACGUGAAGAAAAGCACAGUGAACCUGGACCUGUUCCUAAAGAGGUUCAAUGAAAUUCAGUUUUGGGUGAUCACGGAGGUCUGCCUCUGCCCGCAGCUCAGUAAGCGGGUGCAGCUGCUCAAAAAGUUCAUCAAGAUUGCAUCCCACUGCAAGGAACACAGGAACUUGAAUGCCUUCUUUGCUAUUGUCAUGGGGCUGAGCAACCCAGCGGUCAGCAGGCUGAAUCAGACCUGGGAGAAACUUCCCAGCAAAUUCAAGAAGUUCUAUCGGGAAUUUGAAAACUUGAUGGACCCUUGCAGGAACCAUCGAGUGUACCGACUGAUGGUUGCCAAACUUGAACCUCCCAUCAUUCCUUUCAUGCCGCUGUUGAUCAAAGAUAUGACAUUCACUCAUGAGGGCAACAAGACAUUUAUUGAAAAUUUGGUCAAUUUUGAGAAAAUGCGGAUGAUCGCAAAUACAGUGAAGAUUGUGAGGUAUUGUAGGAGUCAGCCAUUCAGUCCCGAGUCACCGGUGGUGAACAAGAGCCACCCCGACGUCCGGCGCUAUGUGCGUCGUUUCAGCGUGAUCGACAACCAAAGAACGCUGACCCGGCUCUCUCAUGGACUCGAACCUCGCAGAUCUUGAUACCCAUCAGUGAAGGCUGCGUUACACGGCAGCUUCGCUCUCGCUCUAACUCCCAAACAGACAAUCACUGGGGGGGGGGGGGGGGUAAUCGGAGAUAAUGAGGUGCUGUUUACACAUAUUGAAGUUUGCACUGCUGUAUAUUUGCACCACAGCACGCAUUCUCAGCAAGCAAAAGUGUUGCUCAUAGAGAAUUCAGGAAAGCAGGUAAUCAUUUCUCUGGGACCCGAUGUUAUAUAUAUGUUAUAUAUAUGUUAUUAUAUUUCUGGUCUAACCAGCAGUAUGUAUUGCGUUAAAUAUCUCAAUAUUCCUGAUAUCAUUUUAUCUUUUUGUAUCAAAUAUUUAAACAUAUUUGUGAGCUUGUUCUGUGCUGUAAAUUAUACAUAAAUAUUUAUUUUGUCAUGGUCAUGCA